CACAUCGACAAAUUACUGAACACUCCCCUAAAGAUGAUGCCAGCAUACUUUGGAAACCGACAAACAAAUCCCAUCAGAAUCAUGCCUCCUCAUUGAUUUAUCAGUUAACUUGAAGGGCCAUAUCGAGAUCACUAACAAACUGAAAUAUGUUACGACGACAUGUCGAGAUUUACGGCAUACCACAGGUACAACAUGUGGCCGCUCAACUGAUCCCUUUCACCUAUGUACCGGGUACAUUAGCGACACCACGAUGUUUAGGGACAGUUAUCAACCCUCGGAAAGCAGGCGUACAAGGCACAAUAGGGACAUGGCAAUUUCUUGCUAAGGAACGACUUCAAUCGAGAAAUCACCAGCUGACCGGCAAGAGACUUCAAUUCAGAAUCACGGCCCCCACCACCCAUGCCAACCACUUCCAACAAUACGAACACCGACUGAGUCAGAAGAUCUUCUUCUUCACUUCGCCAGGACGGUGAAACACAUCCCAACGAGAGCAACGAAAAAAAUGUUCGUGUUUGUUCGUCAAAGACGAGAGUGUGAUACCAGAAAUUGUGCGGUGGCUAAACUACGGGCCCAUCCCACCGAAGUGAGAUCCCUGCCAUGGAUUCUUGAGCGCAUGACAGAACCGGCAAGAAGAUGGGGAAGAAAAGGAAAGAAAAGAGUUCAGAGGUCGGGGAGCAGAGAGAUAUAUAUACUUGUGGGAGCUGACCUGAUACACAUGACCCCAUUUCA